AUGGCUGUGAUUUGGCAAACAAAUACUGUCAGCGUCUUUGCGCUGGCAAAAGCCUACUUCGUCCCUAUCCUCCUUACUCUUUAUGUCCUGAGCAUCUUCUAUAAUCGAUUUCGACCAGGCGUCUCCAAGAUCCCAGGCCCACGUCUGGCAAAAUGGACCAAGUUAUGGCGGUUGCAUGAUGUCUAUAAGGGACAGGCGCACCAGACGGCGAUUAAGUUACAUAAAAAGUACGGUCCGCUCGUACGCAUCGCACCAAAUGUGGUCUCUGUCGGAGACCCAAAGGCCGUCAAGAUUAUCUAUGGAUUGACAGGAGGGUUCACCAAGUCUGCAUUCUACCCCCUUCAGAGCAUCUCAUGGCAGAAGAAGCCCCAGAUGAACCUGUUCUCCACACGUGAUCCCAUGUAUCACCGCGAGCAGAAGAAGAAGGUUGCGGGCGCAUUCAGCAUGACCAGUCUGCUCGAGUGCGAAGCCGCCGUAGACUCCUGCACCAAGCUCUUUCUCUCCCGCCUGGAUCAGUUGGCCAGCAGCGCCCCGCGGAAAUCCAUCGAUCUCGGCGCAUGGCUGCAGUAUUACGCCUUUGAUGUCGUCGGCGAGGUGACCUUUGCCCAGAAGCUCGGAUUCCUCGAAACCGGUGGCGAUGUUGACGACAUGAUGAAGACGAUUGAGGGCAUCUUAGCCUACGCUUCGCUCUGCGGCCAAGUACCUGAGAUGCACCCUCUCCUGCUUGGAAACCCUCUCUUCCCGAUCCUGUACCCGGCCAUGGAAUCGUGGAACGCGGUCUUGACAUUUACUCUCAAGGCGAUCAAUGCCCGGACAUCCAUCAAGCGAGACGGCGAGCUCGAACUCAACGACGGUGCUACAACGAAGGACAUGCUCUCGCGCUGGGCCGCAGUGAAGUCCAAGGAUCCCGAGAAGUUGACCACCCGAGAUAUCAUCGUCCACACCUCAACAAACGUCUUUGCCGGUUCAGAUACGACGGCGAUCGCGCUGCGGGCUUGCAUCUACUUCCUGAUAAAACACCCCGAGAAGAUGCAGAAGGUGAUGAACGAGAUCGACACCGCGGAUAAAGAAGGCAAGCUGAGCAACCCGAUCUCCUUCAAGGAGUCGACGACACACCUGCCAUACAUGGGCGCCGUGCUGAAAGAAGCCAUGCGUCUGCAUCCCUCUGUCGGUCUCCUCAUGGAGCGACACGUGCCCGCUGGCGGUGCUGAGAUCUGUGGCCAACUCAUUCCAGAGGGUACCAUCGUCGGUAUCAACCCAUGGGUCCUACAGCACGAUCCCUGCGUUUACCCCGAUCCAGAGUCAUUCAUCCCAGAGCGCUGGCUCGAGGCGUCACCUGACAAGCUGGCGGAGAUGGAAGCGAGCUUCAUAAGCUUUGGCGCGGGAAGCCGGACGUGUGUAGGCAAGAACAUCAGUCUGAUGGAGAUGCACAAGAUGGUGCCGCAAUUAUUAAGAGAAUAUACCAUAGAGUUGGCCGAGCCGAAGAAGGAGUGGACGACGAAGAACCAUUGGUUUGUGCAGCAAAACGGGCUGGAUUGUAUUUUGACCAAGCGGACCAAGGCGUAA